CGGAAGCGGCGGCGGCGGGCGCGACUUCCCGUCUCGGAAGGAGCGGAGGUUGAAGUGGCGUGUCGGGGUCCGCGCCGGCCGGAGGCACCGACAGCGGCAGCUGCCGCCGCUGCUACAGCGCGGGAGGAUGCGGCGGGCAGAGAUGAAGCCUGGGAAAUCAUUGCAUCCAAAGGAUUUACUUGGAGUAAAAGAUCACUGACUUCUACAAUGGAAAAGUCAUGGAUGCUUUGGACCUUUGUUAAAAGAUGGCUACUAGCUUUGGCUUCCUGGUCUUGGAGUCUCUGCCGUAUUUGUCUUUUACUCUUGAUAGUAACUUUUCACUUGUACGGAGGCGUUAUACUACUUAUAUUAAUAUUUGUAUCAAUAGCGGGUAUAUUAUAUAAAUUCCAGGAUGUGCUGCUUUACUUUCCUGAACAGCCCUCUUCAUCACGCCUUUAUGUUCCUAUGCCUACUGGUAUACCACAUGAAAAUAUCUUUAUCAAAACCAAAGAUGGAGUUCUUCUCAAUCUUAUUCUACUGAGAUACACAGGGGACAAUGCAGCUUAUUCUCCAACCAUCAUUUACUUUCAUGGGAAUGCAGGCAACAUUGGCCACAGGUUGCCAAAUGCUUUGUUAAUGCUGGUAAACCUGAAAGUAAACUUAAUUCUUGUCGAUUAUAGAGGGUAUGGAAAAAGUGAAGGAGAAGCAAGUGAAGAAGGUUUGUACUUAGAUUCUGAGGCUGUGUUAGACUAUGUGAUGACUCGGUCUGAUCUUGAUAAAACAAAAAUUUUUCUUUUUGGCCGUUCCUUGGGGGGAGCAGUAGCUAUUCACUUAGCUUCUGAAAAUUCCCAUAGGAUUUCUGCCAUCGUGGUGGAGAACACCUUUCUUAGCAUCCCAUACAUGGCCAGCACUUUGUUUUCUUUCUUUCCAAUGAGAUAUCUUCCUUUAUGGUGCUACAAAAAUAAAUUCCUGUCCUACAGAAAAAUCUCUCAGUGCAGAAUGCCUUCUCUCUUCAUCUCUGGGUUGUCUGACCAGUUAAUUCCGCCAGUUAUGAUGAAGCAACUUUAUGAAUUAUCCCCAGCUCGGACUAAGAGAUUGGCAAUAUUUCCUGAUGGAACUCAUAAUGACACUUGGCAGUGCCAGGGUUAUUUCACUGCACUCGAACAGUUCAUCAAAGAAGUAAUAAAGAGUCACUCCCCUGAAGAAAUGGCGAAAACGUCAUCUAACGUAACAAUAAUAUAAUUGAUAUUCUUCUUUGGGGGGGGGCAGGUACCUGCACUGUACCUUGAUUUGUGAAAAGUGGUAAAAGAAUGUCCAUUUUUAAAUGUAUGUCAUGUCUGUACUUGCCUAAAGAGUGAAAUUAAACUUGGAAAGGUCUGAUGCUUUAUUAAGAUGUUCCAGAUAACUUUUACAUUUGCAGCAUUGUAAAUGAACCAUUUUAUGUCUUUCUCACACUUUUUGGUAUCUCUGUCCAUAUAUUCCAUUUGUUUGAUAUGUACAACAGAUGUUCUUAAAGGAACCUGCUACAAAAGUAGUACAGAAUGUAUUAGUUUAGAACAACAGGAGGCUCUUCAGUACUCACUGCUGUGUGUGUGAGCUUUUUGGACAGUCAUGGUUAGCACAAUGAUUUGUUGCUUCUCUUAGAGUUUAUUUGAAGUGUGCCAUGCAUGAGAUUAGUGUUUUAUUCCUUGAAAUUUUAUAUUAUGCAAGGUGGGAAGUCUUCAAUGUGCUAAAUAAUAUAAAAUAACAUUAAUGGUAGAGUAUACUUGCAGGUAUACUAUCCUGGGUUAUUAUUGUUUUUUACGGUUAUGCACACAUAUAUAUAUUUCAGACUGCAACUGAAGAGGAAAAGACACUUUCCCUGUUUUCAUUUUACUAUUUGUAUUACAGUAGUGCCCCGAAAGUUGUACAUGCCUAAACAUUAUGGCUUCAGGAUUUUGCCCAGGCAGUUUCUUUAUAGAAAACAGAAGUAACCUUCAAAAAGACAGCAGUGUGAUCUAACCUCCUUUCCGCCCCAAGCGCUCCUCACUAAUGUACAGGCAAACUAUUUGUUGGUAUUAGUAUGCUUGUGCAUUUGAGGUGGGAUUUCCCAAGGCAGUGUGGGUGCUGAUAGAAAGGAGUGUCAUACAAGGUAACAGUAUGUAUUUGUGUUCAAUUUUUUUUUUUUUUUUUUUAGGCUGGUGUAGUUAAAUGUCUGUGCCCUUUAUUUAUACCUCCAAAAGAAACAAAUACAAAUAAUUACCAGUGAUCACAUGAAUAGAGAUUAAUGUAUACAGUUGUUAUAGUAAGGAUAAUAAAAAGGAUUAGUGCAUUAAAUUUAGUAGACCUAAGCUUAGUUAGUCUGAAAGAGACGACAUUUAUUUUAACACUUUUUACCCAUUCGCUUGCAAAAAGUCUUUUACAGUUCUGUUGUACCAUGUGGAAGUAGCCUAGGCUUCAGCAGAAGUGAGUUUUCUUUAGCUCUGCUGGGAUUUUUUGAAGCUAGUAUCACCAUUUCAGAGCCAGCAGUACUUAAAUUGAGAGAAUGUUGGGGUUCUUUUUUGUUGUUGUUGUUGUUUUGUUGUUGUUUGUGUUUUGGUUUUAGGAGUCCUUUUCCUAGGUAGUCAUAUUAAAGUUGUAUGCUGUUAGCUUAGUCCGUGUUGGAGUGUGGGGCUGUUUAGAUCUCUUCUGCAGGUUUAAUUUCUCAUUUGCUGCAGCUGAUAGUUUGCCUCUUCAAAAUACUUUUUAUGGGAAGAGUGAACUGUGGAAAACGUUCCACACAAUCUGUACAAUUGCCCUUUGGAUUGAAAUUUUUAAAUAAAACUUUCUGCCAUGUUGUCCUGAUUCAGAAAAGCAUCUCGGCACACACUUAAAAUCUGUUUCCUGGUGGACAGUGGUAUUUUAAGCUUGUGCUUAAGUUCUCUGGUUGAAUAAAACUGCUUUCCUGAA